AUGAUCCUGCAAGUACUUCCGAUUCCACCACCACCUGAUGAUCUUACCCAUCAGCUAGCAAUGAUUAUCAGGCACAAUGAGAAUCUAAGACGUCAAGAACGGAGUGGGGCUCCUGCACACAUCAUAUCUGAGUUUGCACAGUUGUUACAAUUUCAUGUAGCCACAUAUUUUGACAAUGAGUUACCGGUACAGCCGAGGGUCACUCAGAGUCAGAGAUCAGGAAGGACCAUCAAAUCAAUAUGCAGUAGGCUCAAGGCUAAAGAGGGUUAUAUUAGGGGUAAUCUAAUGGGGAAAUGA